AUGUCGGAAAAGUAUAUGAUCAAGCCGGCCAAGUCGGCCCCAGCUGCAGACACAUCUGAUUGGCCUCUUUUACUUAAGAAUUACGAUCAGCUUCUCGUUAGAUGCUCGCAUUACACACCAAUUCCAGCAGGAUCUUCACCUUUGAAUAGAAACAUUAAGGAUUACGUCAGCUCAGGUGUGAUUAACUUGGAUAAGCCAUCAAAUCCAUCAUCGCACGAGGUUGUUGCAUGGAUUAAAAGAAUUCUCCGUGUUGACAAGACAGGACAUUCGGGAACAUUGGAUCCUAAAGUUACGGGAUGCUUGAUUGUUUGCAUUGAUAGGGCUACUAGAUUAGUGAAAGCUCAGCAGGGUGCAGGUAAAGAGUAUGUUUGUGUGUUAAGAUUGCACGAUGCUCUCAAGGAUGAGAAGCAAAUGGGUAGAGCACUGGAAAAUCUGACUGGUGCUCUUUUCCAAAGGCCACCUUUAAUUUCGGCAGUCAAGAGACAACUUCGUGUUAGAACCAUCUACGACUCCAAUUUGAUUGAAUUUGAUAACAAGCGUGGAUUGGGUGUGUUCUGGGCCUCCUGUGAAGCAGGUACCUAUAUGAGAACUCUUUGUGUCCAUCUAGGUAUGCUUUUGGGAGUCGGUGGUCACAUGCAAGAGCUUAGAAGAGUUAGAUCUGGACAGUUGACUGAAAAUGAUAACAUGGUUACUUUGCACGACGUUAUGGAUGCUCAGUGGGUUUACGAUAACAGUAAAGACGAAACAUAUUUGAGAAAGGUGAUAUCUCCAUUGGAGACUUUGCUGGUCGGCUACAAGAGGAUUGUUGUUAAGGACUCAGCAGUUAAUGCCGUUUGCUACGGUGCCAAGUUGAUGAUACCCGGUUUGCUUAGAUACGAGAAGAACAUCGAUCUUUAUGACGAGGUUGUCAUGAUUACCACCAAAGGUGAGGCUAUUGCCAUUGGUAUUGCUCAGAUGUCAACUGUUGACUUGACAACCUGUGAUCAUGGUGUUGUUGCCACUGUCAAGAGAUGCAUCAUGGAGAGAGACACAUAUCCAAGAAAGUGGGGUGUUGGACCUAUUGCUUUGAAAAAGAAGAAGCUGAUCAAGGAAGAGAAGCUUGAUAAAUAUGGUCGUGUCAAUGAGAAGACGCCUGAAUCUUGGAAGAAGGAUUACGUCAGCCAUGAAGAUGUUCCAGCACCAAAGGUUCCUGAGGACAAGCUUAAGGCACCAGAAUUACAAAAAGCCAAGUCGUCACUGUUUGAAAGUUCUAAGGAUGGAAAGAUCGAAAAGUCAGAGAAGAAGGAAAAGAAGGAAAAGAAGAGCAAAGAGGAUAAAUCUUCAGAUGAGCACAAGCAUCAUCAUCACAAACAUGAAAAAGACCACAAGCAUCAUCAUAAGCAUGAUAAAGGUGAGAAGAAGUCCAAGAAGAGAAAAUCAGAUGAUGCUGACGAUGAAACUGUGGACAGAAAGAAAAAGAGAUCCGAUUAA